CGCCAUUGUGUUCUAAAAUUUUGGCACCAGAAACUUUUGAAAAUCCCCAAAAUUCGAUUUUGUGUUCUCUUCUUAUUGAUUUUAGGGUUUUCAAGACUCUCGCGAUAAGCUCUGAGAUCUAUAGUUUUUUUUUUAAGCUGAUUUUGUUUCCUCGAUUUGGACUCACAUGGCGAGUGAAACCCUAGAUGAGAAGAUACCGGAGGUCGAAUCUCCGGCGAAGGAGGAAUUAGGUGGUGGAGAUGGAUCUAAGGCGAAAGAAGAAGCGGAUCCCUCGAGAAUUGACGAGGCGGAGAAGAAGGAAGAGGUAGAAGAGGAGGAGGAAGAAGGGAGUGGGAGUAAGAAGGGUUCGGAGGCGGUGACUCCGAGUAGCGAUAGGCCAACGAGGGAGAGAAAGCAAGUUGAGCGUUUCUCUUCGUCUGGUCCUGUUCGAGUUACGCCGAGCAAGUCCGUUUCGAUUGAAAAGGGUCGUGGAACACCGCUCAAGGAGAUUCCAAAUGUUGCUCAUCAACUAUCUAAGAGAAAAGCUGACGACAACCUGAUGUUGCUACACACCAUUCUGUAUGGGAAGAAAGCAAAGGCACAAAUGGUUAAGAAAAACAUUGGUCAGUUUUCUGGCUUUGCAUGGUCAGAGAAAGAGGAGGAGAAGCAAAGAGCACGAGUAAAGGAGAAACUUGACAAAUGCGUAAAAGAAAAAUUAAUCUUCUUCUGUGACAUACUUGAUAUAUCUAUUAACAGAAGCAGCAUAAGAAAAGAAGAAGUAGCUGUCAAAGUGCUUGAAUUUUUGGAAUCUCCCAAGGCAACAAGAGAUGUUAUACUUGCUGAUCGUGAAAAGCAAGCUAAAAAGCGCAAGAGCACACAAAGAAAGGGGAAAUCUGGAGAAUCUUCGGAAACCCCAGCCAAGAGGAAAAGGCAAACAAAAAAGCGAGAUCAGCCAUCUGAGGCAGAAGAAGGCAAAGAUGAGGGUGAUUCUGAUUCUGAAGGUACUAAGGAUACUCAUGAAGAAGAUGAUGCAGCACGAGAAGAAGAAGAAAGUGACCAUGAAAAGGCUGGAACUGAAGAUGAGAGAGACGAAGAAGAAGAUGAAAAGCCAUCUGCUAAGAAAAUUUCGUCGAAAAAGACUGAAGAGAAGAGCUCAGGGACCAAAGGUAAGGAGAAACAAGCUUCUGCCAAAGGUUCUAAAAAAUCGGGUGAAAAGUCCUCCAAAAGAGUUGCCAAGUCAACUUCAUCCCCAGCCAAGAAGCAAAAAGUUGAUCACGAAGAGUCUUCUAAAGGGAAAAGCAAGAAACAGUCAACUAAGACACAGGCAAAGGGAUCUAAAGAAAAAGGAAAAGCCAUUAAGAAAGGCAAAGCAGAGCCAACCAGAGAAGAGAUGCUUGAAGUGGUGAUCAAAAUGCUGAAGGAAGUAGACUUCAAUACGGCAACAUUAUCGGAUAUUCUGAAGAAGCUAAGCAAGCAUUUCGGUGUUGAUCUCUCGCAUAGAAAACCAGAGGUUAAGGCUGUUAUCACAGAUGCUAUAAGUGAAAUGAGUGAAGAAGAAGAGGAAGAGGAGAACUCCGAGGCUGGAAGCGACGAAGAGAAGGAAGAAGAAAAAGAUGAGGCUGAAAGUGACAAAGAGAAGGACGAAGAAGAGGAAAAAGCUGAGGCUGAGAGUGACAAAGAGAAGGAAGAAGAAGAAAAAACUGAGGCUGAGAGUGACAAAGAGAAGGAAGAAGAGGAAAAAACUGAGGCUGAGAGUGACAAAGAGAAGGAAGAAGAGGAAAAAGCUGAGGCUGAGAGUGACAAAGAGAAGGAAGAAGAAGAGGAGAAGCCAAAGGAUUGAGGUUAGUGAGUUUCUUCUCUCGAGAUCUGAUGUGAAGAGGAAUCAAAACUAAUCAAACACUGUGAAAGUGACAACGAGAGUGUUGAAUCUGUACUUUGUACUACUAUGUAAUCUCUAUAGUUUCAUUCAUGUAGUGACUUCUUGUGUAGCUGUUAGGUGUUUUUUCCUAAUCCUUGUUCUAUAUGUUACCCUUGACAGCAAAUUUUAUUUUUUAUGGGUUUAAGACUAUUUAUCAUUAUAGCC